CCCCUAUCUUUUUUUUUUUUACAAGUACCCCUCAUAUUUCUCUCACACCGCCUCCAAUUCCUAUAUUUUCCAAAUCAAAUUUCUUUCUCUUACAGUCACUAAUACACAAAGCGUUACUACUCUCAAGAAAUACAAACAGUUAUAUUUUUUCUUCUUUCAAAGCUGGCGAUCGAUAAUCAAGAAACCACUGUCCGUGAAUUCAAGCCUAAGAACAGGCGAAUCAUGGGAGCUGGAGGACCUGAUGAGGAAGAUAAUAGGUGGCCACCAUGGUUGAAGCCAUUGUUGAAGGAACGUUUCUUUGUUCAAUGCAAGUUACAUGCUGAUUCUCACAAGAGUGAAUGCAAUAUGUACUGUUUGGAUUGUAUGGAUGGUGCUCUUUGUUCUCUUUGUUUAUCUCAUCACAAAGACCAUCGUGCCAUUCAGAUAAGGAGGUCAUCAUACCAUGAUGUGAUAAGGGUGAAUGAAAUACAGAAAUAUUUGGACAUCACUUCAGUUCAGACCUACAUUAUCAACAGUGCAAAGGUUGUUUUCUUGAAUGAGAGACCACAGCCUAGGCCAGGCAAAGGUGUCACUAAUACUUGUGAAGUUUGUGAAAGGAGCCUUCUUGAUUCCUUCAGAUUCUGCUCUCUUGGUUGCAAGAUUGUUGGGACUUCAAAGAACUUUGUGAAGAGGCCAAAACAAUCACCGGAGAAGAAGAGGUCGUCGCUGGCGGCAGCAUCAGUCUAUGACUCGGAGGAUUCUUACAGCAGCAGCAGCUAUGGCCGGCAGAACAGUCCAAAUAACAAGGUCCACCAAAGUUUCAGUCCGUCAACGCCGCCUCCAACUUCUGUUAAUUACAGAACAGCCAAGCGAAGAAAGGGAAUUCCACAUCGAGCCCCAAUGGGAGGACUAGUUAUAGGAUAUUAAGUUUUAAAAAAUCCAAAAAUCCAAGUCCUUCAUUUGCUCCUAAUUAAUACAUCAGCCUUAGUAAAUCAGAAAUGCAGCACAGCUCAUCCAAACAACCCCUGAAAACACUAGUGCUUUCUCUCGAAAAGGCCAGUGUUUACUUUAUUGUGUAUAUACUUUUAGCUACUAUAGUAUAUGAUGGGAAAAGUUGGGAGGGGUGGAAGUUGAAAUAAGAAAAUGUGAAGGGACUAAUAGUAGGUUCAAUGUUAGUUGGGCUUUGAAAAUAAGCUAUAUAUUAUAUUAUAUAGUAAUGAUGAAAUAUCAAGAUACAGUGACAAGGCUUUUUAGAGUGGUUAUACAUAAGUUUUGUUUGUUUGUUUUUUCCUCCUCCUGUAAUCAAAAAAUGUAAAUAUAAUGUUCUCUCUUAUAGUUUGGAAUAUUUUAACAAAUGUCUAUCCUUCUUGUUU